AUGGUACAAUACGUCUUUACACCAUGGCGCGACCGUUACGAACUCUUGCUCGUUCGCGAGCAGAUGUACACAGGCAUCGACACCAACGCUAUAGAGGCCAAGGGGUAUUCAAGCUAUGCUGAAGGCAGUGUAAACAUACAAAACCAACGGAUCUUGGACGAUCAGGAAACACAAAAGAGGCAGCACAAAGCGGUUGCGCGCGUGUCGAUGUGGAUGCAGCGAGGAAACUGCCCUCACAUGGUCGAGUCAACAGCCCUGUUGAUGGCGGCGAUGCUAAGUGAUAAAGAGGCAGCCGCUAGAGAAAAUGCAGCUUCGUCGGCGUACGCAAUCAGAGCAGCAUAUUCAGCUGCCUUCAGCAGGUUCGUUACUGGUCUUCUUGAUGGCCAUCAGGACAAACAGCGCAAACAGAGCAUGUACUCUAUUGCAAAGACCAUUGGGUUGCCCGCUACAUUUGUUGAGCUUCGCCAUCAGUCAACGCACGAACAGCUGCCUUCAUUAGCAAAGUUGCGCACGGCAGCAAAGAAGGCAUUAUUGUGGAUUUGGGAGUAUUACUGGAAGCAGCUGGGCGAGGACAAUAGCGACGCGUGUCGCAAGACAGUACUACGCUCUGUUCCAGGAGUUCGAGCGGUGGCUCCUGAGCGCGUUCUCAAGACAGUUCAAGAGGUCAAGGGCAGUUUGCCAGGCAACCAAGCAUUUCUGAAGUGCGCAGAAUUGAUGCAGAGGCUACGAGAGUCUGAGGAAGAGAGGAAGUCGUCAAAAUCUGGUACCGCCGAUACGACGAUGCAAGAUACAGAGCCUAACACCGGCGAAGCUGAUGAGGAAGAUGACUUUGGGUGGUCACAGUUCAAAGGCACAUGGAAGCCUAAACCUAUUGGCAUUGUUUAG